AUUACCCCUGUCUCUUUGAGCUAGAGUAAUAGACUCGAGAUCAUCUAGUUGCGCAAUGCCACCUAAAAGUCGAAGUUUCCAAAUCUCGGCGACCCCCGUAACAAUGUUCGCCCAUUUGUUAGCUAUAGCAGUCACAACCCUUGUUCUUGUUUGGCUUUUACACUUCCGAGGAGGCCUCGCUUUCGAAUCUGCUAACAAAGGCAAGAUUUUGAAUAUGCAUGCUCUUCUAAUGGCAGUUGGAUUUAUAGUUUUUGCGGGAGAAGCUAUUAUGGCAUACAAGUCAGUUCCAGCAAAGAGGAAGGUGCAAAAAGCUUUUCAUGUAACAUUGCAUCUGAUAGCACUUGUGGCUGGAGUAGGGGGUGUUUAUACAGCUUUCAAGUUUAAGCAUGAGGUGGAGGAAAAAGACAUGACUAGUUUACAUUCCUGGCUUGGCAUGAUCACCAUCUGUUUAUUUGGUUUACAGUGGUUGUUGGGAUUCUUCUCAUUUGUGUUCCCGGGCGCAGAAAUGUCAGCAAGAAGCUCGUACAGGCCAUGGCACGUUUUUGGUGGUUUGGCCAUAUUUUUCCUUGCUAUAAGCGCAGCCCAGACGGGUUUGCUGGAAACUUCAAUUUUCUUAGACCUGGGCCUCAGCCAAGAAGGACUUAUUGUCAACUUCACUGGACUCUUGCUUUUUGUAUUUGCAGUCGGUGUUGGGCUGAGCAGUGUCCUUCCACGAGGACAUUAUUAAACAUCAAAUGGUAUCAGAUCUUCUCUGUGCCCAUGGGGUUCUGAUUUGUUCUCUCUUCUACCACUUGUAAUUUCUUGAUGAAGGGGUGGGGGGGAGUAGACUCGAGCUUCGAAACCUGGUCUUUCCUACUAGGCUGCACUCGUAUGGUUUUAUAAUUUAUUUAUUUG